AAAUGAAAAGCAAUGAAGAGAUUCUUGAAAGUAAGGUUGGAAAGCAGACACUGAAGAAAGGAUUGCUGCUGGAAUUCCAAAAAGACCCGGAGAGGUUGCUGCUGGUUGUUGUUGAGAAACCAGAUGGCAAGAAGAAUUGGGUAGUUACAGAUCAUAAUGGAAACAUGACAUAUAUUAAGCCACAUCAAAUUACUUUCAUUGUUCCUGGUGUCGAGAACUUUGACCAAACAGAGAUAUCAACCUUUGUUCAGAAAGCUCAACGUUAUUUG